AUGCCCGGCAAUCACUCUAGAUUAGGAUUCGUCCUGUUGCGCUGGCACCAGCGCAGCGCCGGUACCUCCCGCUGGCAGUAUAGGCGCAGAUCAGAUCAUGAAGUCGUCAUCCUAUCCUCCACUACACGAGCGUCUGAAUCCCCUUCCUCCGUUCUAUGCUUGGGAACCGGAAAUCGCGCUGAGAUGAUUGAAGACUUGCAGUUCGAGAUUUCUCAAACCGCCGCAGCUGGUUCGCAGCUGGCUCCCACUGCCAUGGACCAGAGCAGCAGCACCCUGAUGAUUCCCAGUGGCGAUGAUCUGCUUCCCUCAGCCCAUGGUGUUUCCCUGUGGUAUGCUGGGCAGCCAAUGCUUGGAUCUACUGUUUCUGGUCAUUGGGACAUCCCUCCCACCUGGAUUGGCGGAGAUCAUAAUGGGACCGAUAUCCAUACUACACUGAAAUUCAAGGACUGUCACGCAUUCCCGCAUAGACACGCUCAUCAACCCAACCGGAAAAAGUCGACCAUUCCCGAUACUAUAUGGGCACAAUUGAUGCCUACUGUCGCGUAUUUGUAUGAGCUUCUCACACUUGAGGAUUUGCAAAGAUGUAUGUCGAUUUGUGGCUUCACUGCGUCCUUCAGGAAAAAUCAGUACAAAAGUGUGCUCGGCCAGUGGAAGGUGACGAAGAAGAAACGCACAAGGAGGUGGAAACGACGGCUCGAGCCGGGUACUUCAUUGCUCCUCUUUCCCAACCACAGUACUUCUGGACCAUCGGAAAUCCAACCUUCCAUGCCGGACACCUUUCGUAGACGGGCCAUGGUCCUUGGCAACGCGGCGAACUUCAUACCCAAGCCUCCGCAUCGGAUGGUCCGUCUAUACUUGACGGAACUUCCCUCAGAAACUGGACAAUCAUUUCCGACAAAUGCAAAACUGCUUCAAUGCUUCUUCAGACGUCACAGGGCCACAAAUCCGUCGCACGAGAAGGUACGAAGUACCAGGCAGUUCUUCUAUAUUCUUCACGAAAUAUCUGAAAAGCUAUUGGAGGCCGCUUGCCUCGCUGAUCCUUCAUCAUUGCCGAGCUUUUGGUCGAUCUGCUCAGCAAUCGAAGCGAUCUUUGCGCGUGCGAAGACUACAGGAUCGUUUCACCGAAGUCGGAACCACAUCAGCAGGGCAAUAAACAAAUUCAAGGUCUCGAAGGAAGUGGAGCGGCAAAUGCGUGCAAAAGCGCAGGAGAAGAAAGCAGAGGCAGCAACAAGAUACGCACUCACACUGUCAAAAUUCCUCCCCACCAUUCAGCAGGGCGCCCAGCAGCACGGGACUGCCCAUCCAUGGGCCUUGAUUGUGACACACCUUUGUUACAUGCCCUCAGACGAACGCAGAGACACGCUCCGUCUCGCUCAUGAGCUUACAGUCCAGACCUUUGAGACGUUCCUGAAGCCUCAUGAUCCCUUUCUUUUACAUUCGGCGGUUCAAUACGCCAAAAGCUGGGAGAAGAAGGAACUAAAAAGUACCUCCUUAUUGGAGAGGUAUAGAAGGAUGGAUGACCUGUACAAUAAAGCAACAGACUUACCCGACGAAUUCCGCUUGUCCCGGCUGUACGAGUAUGCAUUUGCUUCGUGGAACCACAGCAAGGACGAACGACUGAAGCUUGAGCUGGGUAAACGGCUCUACUGGCUGUCAAACAGAAUGCUACCUUCAACAGAGCCGAUCCAGCACAAUACCGUCUCCAAAGCGAUCUUCCUCGCGACCACUAUGCUUAGCACUGAAUUCAUCAAGAAAGCAGCCUCAGAAGGUGUAAGAGUUCUGGAACGAGCGAUCGAGAGGUUCCAGGAAGGGGACGCCGAUUGCAGAGCGCAAGCUGUUUUGCUGUCAAAACAACUGGUGGCGCUACACUUCCGAUGCAAAGAUUUUAAAGCUGUUUCGAAAGAGAGGACGAGGCUUGUUCAGAUCCGAGAAUCGCUGCCAUUUUUCAUGCCCGUAGAGUAG